AUGGGGCAGGAAUCGGCCAUCUCCAGGGCCCUUCCGGCUCCGGUUUCACGUUGCCGUGGCGGCUCUGAGGACUCCGGAGGAGACUGGGCGCCACCUGUGGAGAUCGUGGCCCGAGUGAGCCCGCAGCGGGGUCGCCGGAACCGAGACCGGCCGAGACGCGGGCGCUGUGCGGGCAGCCGCUGCCAAGGGGGAGGCAGGCCGCCGUGCGACCUGGACUGCACGCGGGAAUGUGCGGACUGCAGAGCAUCGGCCUGCUUUGGCAAGCCGUACACGCGGCGGCCCAAGCCCCCGUACUCGUACAUCGCGCUCAUCGCCAUGGCCAUCCGCGACUCGGCCGGCGGGCGGCUGACGCUGGCCGAGAUCAACGAGUACCUCAUGGGCAAGUUCCCCUUUUUCCGCGGCAGCUACACGGGCUGGCGCAACUCGGUGCGCCACAACCUCUCGCUCAACGACUGCUUCGUCAAGGUGCUGCGCGACCCCUCGCGGCCCUGGGGCAAGGACAACUACUGGAUGCUCAACCCCAACAGCGAGUACACCUUCGCCGACGGGGUCUUUCGCCGCCGCCGCAAGCGCCUGAGCCACCGGGCGACGGCUCCAAAUCUGCAGACAGCAGCCUACCUGAUAGGAGUGACAUGCGGAGCUGAACCUUCCCCACCUGAGAUCCAGUGGUUCCUGUUGACCGUCUGGACCGGGAACGGCGCGGCUGAGCUCCGCGGCGUCCGAGGCUUCCGCAAGGGCACGAGCGUAGGCAAAGGGGGGCACCCGCGCCAGACACAGCCGCCCCACGGGAAGAGGGGGAUGCUGCUGCCCGACGCAAGAGCCACCAGCCAGUUGGAAAACCCCGCCGGCUGCAGAGGCCGGGAGAUAAUCGUGGCAACACUGCAGCCUGCAGGGACCCACCAGAUUCUUCUGAGGGACACUUGCGCAGCAGCUCCGACGUGCUCAGGUCCUCCAGGUGACUACGGGCCUGAGACCGUGGCCCGAUACCUGCGUGUCUAUGCUGCAGCCUACACGGAGGCGACGCCACCGGAUCUGAACGCGGUCCUCACUCGUGCCACGCCAGCCGUGCUGGAGCGCCUGACGCUCAGCGAGAUCUACCAGUUCCUGCAGGCGCGCUUCCCCUUCUUCCGCGGCGCCUACCAGGGCUGGAAGAACUCCGUGCGCCACAACCUCUCGCUCAACGAGUGCUUCAUCAAGCUGCCCAAGGGGCUCGGGCGGCCCGGCAAGGGCCACUACUGGACCAUCGACCCGGCCAGCGAGUUCAUGUUCGAGGAGGGCUCGUUCCGCCGCCGGCCGCGCGGCUUCAGGCGCAAGUGCCAGGCGCUCAAGCCCAUGUACCACCGCGUGGUGAGCGGCCUGGGCUUCGGGGCCUCGCUGCUGCCCCAGGGCUUCGACUUCCAGGCGCCCCCGGCGGCGCCGCUCGGCUGCCACGGCCAGGGCGGCUACGGCGGCCUCGACAUGAUGCCCGCGAGCUACGACGCCGGCGCGGGCGCCGCGAGCCACGCUCACCCGCACCACCACCACCACCACCACCACGUCCCGCACAUGUCGCCCAACCCGGGCUCCACCUACAUGGCCAGCUGCCCGGUGCCCGCAGGGCCCGGGGGCGUCGGUGCGGCCGGCGGCGGCGGCGGCGGCGGCGGCGGCGGGGACUACGGGCCAGACAGCAGCAGCAGCCCCGUGCCCUCGUCCCCGGCCAUGGCGAGCGCCAUCGAGUGCCACUCGCCCUACACGAGCCCUGCGGCGCACUGGAGCUCGCCCGGCGCCUCGCCUUACCUCAAGCAGCCGCCCGCCCUGACGCCCAGCAGCAACCCCGCGGCCUCCGCAGGCCUGCACUCCAGCAUGUCCUCCUACUCGCUGGAGCAGAGCUACUUGCACCAGAACGCCCGCGAAGAGCUCUCAGUGGGACUGCCUCGUUACCAGCAUCACUCCGCUCCAGUGUGUGACAGGAAAGAUUUCGUCCUCAAUUUCAACGGCAUUUCUUCUUUCCACCCCUCAGCUAGCGGGUCGUACUAUCACCAUCACCACCAGAGCGUCUGUCAGGAUAUUAAGCCCUGCGUCAUGUGA